AUGUCACAUUGGUCAUUUUGCAAUUUAGUCCUCAGCCUUUUCCCGACCGAACCCGAAGUCCCUCUGUGUAGUCGCUCUCUUCCUCCUUCCUCUCCGACCGUCUGGCACCGCCGACGCCGUUCCCCUCCGCGCAGCUCCACACUGCGCGUGGCUCCUCUCCCUCCCCAGCGCCGGCGCCCUCUCCCUUCGGCCGGGCUCAAUCUGCGGCGGAGACUACCAAGACGGCGCGACAGAGCUGCUUCUGCCGGUCGCUGGCAUGGGGCUGCUGCUGGUGGUCGUCAGGCACGCAACAGCGGCGGCGGGAAGGUGGCGGCAAGGGGGCGGCGAGCUCCGACAUGUUCCUCCAACCGCUCUAGGACUCCACCACCAAGCACACCAACCUCAAGGCAUUUGAUGUGCACCCUUGGUCGCCCGGUCCGACGAACUGCUAACGAAACAAUGCCCAACGUCGUGAGUGUGCUCACGUUCUGCAAUCAAGCAACCGCCCUCCUCCAGCAGCAGCAAAAGAGAGUGCAGAGGAGCAGCAGCAACAACAACAACACGAGCACGGGAGAAGCUGGCGACAUGGGAGAAUCACGGGAGACAGUAGAGCUCCACCAGCAGGAGCUCGAGGAGAAGCAGCAGUGGGAGCUCGGGAAGAAACAGCAACCGGAGCUCAAGGAGAAGCAACAGCGGGAGCUCAAGGACGUGUGAGAGAGUAGUUCUGGGCAGCGGCGGCAGAGCAGUUAUGGGUGGAAGCGCAGAUCUUGGCUAUGGCGGAAGAGCAGUUCUGGGCGGCGGCGGCAGAGCAGUUGGGCGGCAAUGCAAGUCUGGGCGGCGGGAGGGGAUCAAGGCAGCGGAGGCGAUGCCCCUAGGAAACGCGACUGGAGGGGACCGUAGCUGGCCGGUGCCGGCCCCUGGCGAUGCUCGGGCAAUGAGCGGAGGAAGAAGACGGGGCGGAGGGGUCUGUUUGAGACAAUUUUUGGAUGAUGAGGUUUUGUUUGCAAAUUUACCAAUGAACUGGGCGUACAACAUUAAUUUCGGGACGGAGGGAGUAUAUUUUGAGUGAAACGUAUAGUGGUAUAUGUAUAUCAAAACAAUAGUGCUUUCUUUCAAGUUUGUGAACAAGUACUAUUUUACUUUGGAUCCGUUGCAACACACAGGCAAAUUGCUAGUCA